CAUGCUCCCCCUAGGGAUGGAGGAACCCAGAAGGCAAUGAGUAAUCAAGAAACUUGGAUACAUGGUUCAUUCUUGAACAGAACGACCUCAAACCAUACAGUGAUAGUCACCUGCAACCAGCAUCCGGUCUCAACCCGCUCUCUUCCCAUACACUUGCGACCCCACCCAGAGGCGCUGAUUGGGCGUCCUCGCCAACCAAUGGGAAGUCACGGCCUGAACGAAGCCUCUAAAGCGCCUGUGCCAGUUCAACUUGAGCUGUGACUGUUACCCGGGCUACAUGUUGUAAACAAGAAAGCGGGAAAGACUCGGCUGGUGGUAGUAGUAGUGUAGGUGUUCCCCGGCCCAUCGGUUUUGGUCUUGAAAGGAAGUUCGAGUUCACUGAGGCUUACGGUGCUUUUCAUUAGCCAAGAUGGCUAUGCAAGGAAAACGAAAGCUGACGGUUGCAGAAAAGCAUCAAAAAUUAGUAAAUGAAAACCUUCUCAAAAAAAUACAAAACCAGGAGCAAAUAAAGCUGGGGGAACUAGGCAAAUUACAGAAGGUGAUGUUGGCAAAUGAAGAACGUAUUGAACGGAAAAGAAUCCUCCGUUUACAACAGGAUGAACAAUUUGAAUUAGAUAUGGAAGAGGUUAUUCAAAAGGAACAAGAAAACAAAAGGAUAAAGGCAAUGCAAAUGGAACAAGAACAAAAAUUGGCUACAGAGUUGGCAAAACUAAAGAAUGAAUGUCUAAAGGAUGAAAAAAUGAGACAGCAAAUAAGAGAAAACAGUCUUGAACUUCGAGAAUUGGAGAAAAAAUUGAAAGCUGCUUACAUGAAUAAAGAAAGAGCUGCACAAAUUGCUGAAAAAGAAGCCAUCAACUAUGAGCUAAUAAAACGUGAAUCUGAAAUAGCCCAUCAAAUGAAGGAAGAAGAGGAAAGAUUCCAUAAGGAAAAGACUGAAGAAGAAAUUAGGCGUUAUAAGGAGAAAAUUCAAUAUCAGCAGGAACUCGAGAAACAGCUUGAAGAGCAAGAGAAGAAGAAGCAAGAAGCUUAUGAAGAAUUCCUUCGAGAGAAACUCAUGAUAAAUGAAAUUGUUAGAAAAGUCUACGAAGAAGACCAAAUGGAAAAACAACAACAAUUACAAAAAAUGGUCGCAACUCAUAAGUACAUAGAAAAGUUUAAAGAAGAACAAGCUCAGUGGCGAUUGAAGAAACGUGAAGAAAUGGAGGAAGAAAACAGGAAAAUCUUAGAAUAUGCCAGCCUGCAGAAGCAGAGAGAAGCAGACCGGAUGGCUCAAGUCCUAGAGCUAGAGGGAAAAAGGCAGCAGUACAAGAAUUUGAUUGCCCAGCAUUUGCAGAAAAUACAGCAGCAGCAAGAUGAUAUGGAACAAAUGAAACUAGAUUUAUAUGAGAUAGAACAAGCUGAAUUAGAUAAAAAAAAAAGCAAGGAAGAAAUAGAAAACAAAAUCAAAAAGCGUGAAGAGCAACAAAGAGAUUUUGCAGAACAAAUGGCUUUCAAAGAAUUGGUUCUUCGAGCUACUAGGGAACAAGAAGAAAUCUUCAGACAAAACAUGCUGGCUAAAUUCGCUGAGGAUGAUCGAAUUGAAUUAAUGAAUGCUCAUAAACAAAGAAUGAAGCAGUAUGAACACAGGAAAGCUAUAGAAAAACUUAUUCAAGAACGUCAUGAACAGUUCCUUGCAGACAAAGAACGCGAAUUUGAAGAAUUUAGGUUACAACAACAAAGAGAAGGACAUAUUAAUGCAAUUGUUGAAGAAGAACGUCAAAAGCUUCUUAAAAAACAUGCUUCACAACUACUGGGCUAUCUUCCCAAAGGAGUAAUUAAACAUGAGGAAGACGUCGAUAUGCUUGGUGAAGCAUUCAAGAAAGCUUAUCUGAAAAGCGACCCACAAUGAGAAAGAAUGUCAUCCAGAACUGGAUUGCUCUCCGUCACCACUAGAUGUCAGCCUGACUUCUGUAUCGGUUGUGACUGGUCAUGCAUUGUCUUGGUAAAAGAAUCCUUCCUACUUUGGAAUUUUUUAAACCAUCGGAAUCUCUGACAAUCCUCAUAUACCUCCAUCUGUCAGAGAAUACAGAUGUGCCUUGUCAAUAAAUCUUAGAAAAAGUAACUGCUGAGUUUCUAAGCAUUUUGUUAAUUAUUAAAUAAAUGUAAAGGUCUUAGAGUAAAAUGAGAUAAGCAAUAAAAUUCUUUUUUUUCAAGUUA